AUGAAUUUUAUCUUACUGUUUUAUGGUCCUCCAUGUAGCGGAAAAGAUACAUUAAUAAGAUUUUUGAUAAAAAAAAAAAAACAAAUUUUAUUUUUUAUUUAUUUAUUAUAUAACUUAAAAGAACCAUACAUAUCAUAUAAAUAUAGUUAUGAACAAAAAUUUUUUAUACAAUUAAUAAAAUAUUGUAACAAAAUAAAUAAACAUUUUAAAUUAAAUAAUAAAUAUAGAAUUAGAAAAAUAAAUCAUCUAUCAUUCUUUUCUUUAAUAAAUUUAUAUAAAACUUUUUUUAUCACAUUGUCUGAUUCUACAUUUCAUUCGAAUUUCCAAACAUCUCUUAAUACAAUUUAUGCCAAAUUAAAAAAAGUGAAAAAAAAAAAAAAAAUAAAUAUUUCCUCACACACACAUUCUAAUUCCAAUAACCAUUCUCAUAAAAAUGACAAAAUAAAUGUUACUAAUGUGUGUAUAAAAAUAAGUAGGAAAAAAAUAAUAAAUAAUGUGACUAAACCCAAAACCUUUUUUAUAUUUUAUAAGAAAUUUAUUAAACAGAUUAAAUAUUUUCGACAUUUUUUAUCAAAAUGUAAAACCUCUAUUCAUAACAUAUCAACAGAUAGUAUAGAGAAACAGUUUUACUCCACACAGAACGAAAAAAAAAGCGAAAAAAAAUACGAAAAAAAAAGCGAAAAAAAAUACGAAAAAAAAAGCGAGAAAAAAUGUGAAAAAAAAAACAUUGCAGUAGUAACAGAUAAGAUUAUUAUUUUUGAAAAACAAAAUUAUAAAACUAAAAUAUAUUAUCCUAUAAUAAAAAAACGAUGUCUAAAAAAUAACCUUUUUUUUUUAUCAAAAGCUAAGGAAAAUAAAAACAUAAAACCUACAUUAUUUAACCAAAAAAAGUAUUGGAAGAUCGCCAGAAAAAUCGCUUAUCUAUAUUGCUCUCACUUAAUUAAUGCAAAAAAAAACGCAAAAACAGACACAAAAAAAAAAACAAAAAUAGGCACAAAAAAAAAAACAAAAAAAGGGGCAAGCACAAGCACACAAAAUGGUCCUCGUUUAAAACAUGACCAAAAUAAAAUAAUAAUUUUAAAUGACACUUUCCAUUUUCCUUCAAUGCGAAAAAAGUAUUAUCUGCUCUCUAAAAAAUAUAACUCUCUAUACAUCCAAACAUUUUUAAACACCCCAGUUAAAUUGUGUGUACAAUUGAACAUAAAUAGAAACAAGUUUAAAUAUAUAUCUAAAGAAACUAUUAUCAAAAAUUAUUUAUAUCAUCGCAAAUAUGCAGUCGCCCUUAAAAAUGUACCAAAAAACGAACCAAAAAACGAACCAAAAAAUGAGCAAAAAAUAAUUAAUUUUGUUAAGGCUACUCGAAAAUGGCAAGCAAAUGCCAUAUCUAUACAAGUUAAUCGUUUAGAAAAUAAAAACAAACUUACAGAUCUACUAUUCUUUAUAUACAAAUAUUUUCCAAUUUUUAUAAAAGAAAUAAAUAAAAAAAAAACAGUCACAAAAAAAGAAAAUCACAACCCAGUAAUUCAAGCAAAUGCUUUGGAGAUCAUCAACAAAACUGCUAACAAAAUUAUUCAUGAGAAAUUAAAAAGUGUCCCAAAUGAUCAAAAAAAUGCCUAUGCCCAAAAAUACCGUCUUAUAAAAUUGCAGCUCUUAAAAGAAUGUAGAAUAGCCAAAACAUUUAAUGUAACAGAUAUAGAAAAUAGCUUUUUGGCGAAUUAG